AUGGCCAAACUAUAUGAGCCGUCCAAGAUUCCGCCUCUGUUUUCCGAUUCGCCCUCUUCCCCGAAGGAGUCAAACUCGGGGAUUCUGUUUUUCAAAAAUCGUUCUCGCGAUCAAGGAUACUUGGAGAUCGAUGAUAGUCAUUUUACAUUGAACAGCAGCUCCUCGAUUGAGGCCUCCGAGUCGUCUGUGAAUGGUGAUAAUUGUACCCCCAAACCCUUAACUAAGGCUCAGCUAAGACAUGCUCGCACGCGGCGUGAGACUCGCCAGGCUCAAUCAGUAGUACCCACUCAGUCGACAGCUGCAGUAGCAACACAAAAUGAGUCGGACAAAGUUGAAUUGGUUAAAGUUGUGCGACCUGAACGAACGAAACCGGGGGAUCGCAGACGAUCGUCGGUAGUAACAGGAAGGCGCCAAUUGCUGGCGGAUCGACGACGCUCACAAAGGCUGCGCUCUUUAAGCCAACCGCUGACUGUUACUGUAAAUUCAGAGUCCCCACAAAUCCCAGCUCAAGCUUCAAAUACACCAUUACCAAGCCUCCCAGGCAACGCCGCUGUUUCCAGCUCUCCCCAAUGUAAUGUGGAAGAUUCUGACAACCCGGUAAUCCUCGGAGUUUCUCACGUGUCCAUUUCAACGCGUUCCUCUCGUCUUGGUCAAUGGGGUCGGAGUUUGCUACGCCCAUCUCUUUCCCGCAACCAGAUUGAAGCACUUUAU